CGGACUUGUUUUGUAAUAGCAGAAAAAGCAGACGACGAACGGAUGAAGGAUGUCAUCUACGAUAAUUUACUUCAUUAGGCCUUUAUCUUCGAGUUCUCCUAUGAAUAAAUGGAGAAUAGUUCACGUAUGCUUGUAUUUAGUAGCACUCGGUGGUUGUUUUUCAGCAAUAUUACCUUUUUAUCAUUUUAAGGCAGCUUUCGAAGGUUGGUGUCCCUUAUACGCAGAUGUAGUUGUCGAGCAAUUAAACGAUUCGUAUCAAUUCGUUUUGGAUAUUUCCUACGAAAAUAGGACCGUUUGGGGUUCAAUGGCAAUAUGUGAUUUUUGCCUUUUUACUCCUGUUGUCUGCUUCAUCUACGCCUUUGUAUGGGGAUGGUUCUUCUUCCUCUGCUCUGGAAAUGGAAGAUUAGGGAUUUGGGAACCGUGGCGUCUUAUAGUUCCUGCAGCAAUCUUUACCUUAGUGACUGCAAUUGUAAUGUUUGUUGCUGCUACUUUAAUGACGCAAGGAAUGAUGAAAUUUUGUGAAGGUUUUCAAAGAAAUAAUUUGGGAGGUUGUUCAACCGUCCAAUAUUUGAACUGUUCAACGUUUACCAAAUUGCAUGGUUUUUAUUAUACGCAAUUAAGAUCUGAAAUAUCCAUUUGGAUCGGUGCGUUUGGUUGGGGUAUAGGUAGCUUGGCCUUAUUCAUCAGAUGCUGCUAUGGAGCAGAUUUCAAGCAUCCAUUGCCAAAGGACGAAGAUUUUGUUUAGAAAUCUGUGUAAAAACGAAGGAAGGACUACUAGGAAAAAACCAAAUCUUUUCCAUUCAGUCAUGAAACUGAAAAUGUUGUUAAAAAAUAAUCUGAGAACUAUAGUUCUGGUUCCAAACUCAGAUUUAAAUGCAACAUUUUAAUUUAAUUGCCAACAAAUUUCCACAUUUCAGCUCUUUUGAAUGCUACUUUCAAAUUUUAUGUGAAUGUGAAUAAUUUCAUUUUUA